AGGAGGGAGUGUUAGAAAAUUGCCUGGGAAAAGAUAAGAAUUGUUCGACUCUGGACCUAAAGGCUACACACCAAACCACGACGUCUUUGGGACGGUCCUGCACAACCUUUUCUUCGCAGUGGGCAAAACUGGACGGAGUAAAUGAGAACUGUAGUAACAACAAAGGCGACGUGGGCUCCAAGAUGAAAGGAUUUUCAAUGCGAGGCAACAAUUCUAACUGAAGAGAGGAAAUCAAUGUGGAUGAAAAUCCAAGGCAAAGAGCUAUUUUAGAUCACCGCAUUGCUUUGACUCAGCGCACAAUGAAAUCGCACCCCCUCCCCAGCUGCUACCGUUCUCCGACGUUUGCCUAUAAUUAAAAUUGUAUUGUUUUCGUGGUAUAGACCCACUGUUUAAACCUGAAAGCUAUGGAAAGGUUACUGUGUUUCUAAGGAAAAUCUACGCGCAAGCAUGGUCCCCUCAAGAGCAGGUGGAUUCAGCGAAGCGGAUACACAGGGCACAGCACAAGGAGAGCGCACCACAAUUUUCGGACUACACCUUCAAAGAAUGACAUUCAUUAUGUUAUCUGCUGUUUGAUUUCAGUUAUGCUCUUUUUUGAAUCGAUAUGUAGCCUAUCAGAACUUCAGGAUAGUCAUCCAAGGGAUGUGGUUUCUACGGAACAGACGGACGCACAUUUGGAGGAGACUGUAGUCUACUGAAAUAUUUUUGUCAGGUCUUCAAAAGGGAGAUUUGUUGGAAUAUAGACAUUUUCACGGCAAUUAGGACAUCAUCGUCUUUAAGGAUGCCUGAAGCACUUGCGCCAUCCCAAGCGCUCUAUAUAGGAAUGGAAGUGGUUAUUGCCGUGGCAUCGGUUAUAGGAAAUGUGAUGGUGGUUUGGGCGGUGAAAAUUAAUAAGUCGUUGAGAGAUACGACGUUCUGUUUCAUCGUUUCCCUGGCACUAGCGGAUAUUGCAGUGGGAGCACUCGUCAUCCCCUUGGCCAUAACAAUUAGCAUCGGACUUCAAACUCACUUUUAUAGCUGCCUGCUCGUGGCGUGCACGGUUCUGGUCCUGACACAAAGUUCUAUCCUUGCGCUUCUAGCCAUUGCCAUUGACCGCUAUCUUAGGGUCAAGAUUCCAACCAGCUACAAACGGUUGGUGACCCCCCGGCGGGCGGGGGUGGCGGUGGUAGUGUGCUGGACGGUGGCUUUCAUUGUGGGUCUCACCCCCAUGCUGGGCUGGAACAACCUGUGGCGGCUCCAGCAACAGAACGGCUCGCUGGACUCCGACCUUGUUAUCACCUGCCAGUUUGAGAACGUCAUCAGCAUGGACUACAUGGUCUACUUCAACUUCUUUGGCUGGGUGCUCCCUCCGUUGGUGGUCAUGCUGCUCAUCUACGCCGAGAUCUUCUACAUGAUCCACAAGCAGCUCAACAAGAAAGUCAACAGCCACGCCGAUCCCAACAAGUACUACGACAAGGAGCUGAAGCUGGCCAAGUCGCUAGCGCUCGUCCUCUUCCUGUUCGCCAUCAGCUGGCUCCCCCUACACAUCCUCAACUGCAUCACGCUCUUCUGUCCGGCCUGCCACAAACCCAUGUUCCUCCUCUACAUUGCCAUCCUGCUCACCCACGGCAACUCGGCUGUCAACCCCAUCGUUUACGCCUUCCGUAUCAAAAAGUUCCGCACAGCCUUCCUCAAGAUCUGGAAGCAGUACGUUUGUUGCAAGGAAGGACCGAUCAUCGACACCCAGCCAAGUGAGAGGAAGGAGAUACCAGAUCCCCACACAGACCCACUGCAGCCUCCGCAGAAGGAGGUCAUGAAACAGGAUCCGGUCCAGAAACCCGCACUGCAGGCCCAGAAUGGUGACCCGUCUCCAACAGGCAAAGAAUCACUGCACAUGCUGGAGCAGAAAAAGAUCUAGGUGUAGGUCUAGUUCAGUGCUAUCAAUGGAGAUAAAUGGGAAUCUUGCCCACGGAUAUCAUCGACCUCAUUUGAAAUAUUUUCAGUAAAUGAGUUGUCAGUGACACGAAAUGGCAAGCUGAGAGAGGCAUGGCAGCUUGCAGUCUUAAUCUCAUGAGACUCUUAAAUCAUGAACUGAAGACAUGUUAAUGAGUUAAUGUUGAAAAAGAGUACAAAGGAUUUAUGGUUAAAAGGGUAACAGAAACUUGCAAUGUCUCUUUGAUAAGAAUACCAUUAAAUUCGUAACAAACAACAUAUAUGAGCUUUAAACAUUACGUGAUUAGUUGAUUCGUGGAUUCAAAAAAAAAAUAUGACAAAAUGUCUACAAUAGAGUACAGAUUAUCAGAUUAUCAAGUUUUUGAAAAUAAACGGUCAAUUACUGUCGGAUUAGGGUGUUAUAUUAAUCAAAAGCUAAGGUUAUUCUCUAAAUUAUGUUUUGUAUGAAUGGAACAGUGGCUGAAUAUGAAUGUAUUGUCAAUAGGAAAACUCCAGUAACGUUUCAACUACUCUAAUACCUCAUGUCGUCUUCAGGGUCUUAAAUUAAAUGCAAAAGUGCGGAAGGCAGGCAGGCAGUGUGCCCCUGGGUCAACCGAUAAGGACAGCGGAUGUGUUCUUGCUGACACGGGGGUUUUCUAAAUCCCUUUUGAAUUCUUUAUUUCGUACUGAGGGGGACUCGGUUACACAGCGCUACAACGCGCCAAUCCAUUACAGAGAGUUGGCAGAGGGUGAAAUGUUCUACCGCAGGCCACUCAUUUUAUUUGUAUGUAUUUAUAUACAGUAUAUAUAUAUAUAUAAAAUACAGUUCCUGACCGCUCUCAGGGGCUGGGUAUGUGCGUAAGUGGCCUAGCUGAACAAUGAAAGGCACCUCUGGAAGGAAAGAGAAGAUGCA